CCGGAAUCUAGCGGUAACGCAUCUGCGCAAGACAAAAAAUUCUAAACAAAAUAUUUCUGUUCGUGUUUUCAAUGCUAAGUAUUGAAUAAACGGAUACAAUUUUCUGGAUUUUGCAACAAAUGACAAGGUUCUAAAUGAAUCCGGAUAUGGCAGUGAAGUGGAAGAUCUGAACUUAAAGUAAAAAAUGGCAGACCACGAUCAUAUCCCUGUGAGGGACACAAGCAAUAGGGCUGCUCAUGAAGCAGCUCUUUUAGAACAAAAGGCAGCCCUACAGCGCCGAGCUGUGUCCAAACUAGAGCGAGUUGACCUGGAGGACAAGUAUUUACGAAUCUAUGAAGAAAACAUCAUCUUGAAGAAACAUGCCAGAAAACAGGAAGAUAAGAUCAAACGAAUGGCGACCAAGUUGUUACGACUGGUUAAUGACAAGAAGAAGCUGGAUUUGGAUGGUGGGGGAGGUGGAAAGAAAGUCCGGGACAUCGAAGCUGAAGAUAGGAUGGAAGAAAUGAAUGAGAGGAUGAGAGAAUAUGAGAAGCAAAAUGCUCAGCUUAAAGAAAGGUUGAUGUUAGCCAAACAACAAGCAAAUGCAGCUAGUAAAAGGCCAACAGCCUAUGAACAUGUUCAGUCAAGAAUCAAUACGGGUAUUGCGAAACAGACCGUCCAGAUCGACCCACGAAUUACAAAGAAUAUCCGAGUGAUGGGACCUCCUAUGGAGACUGGCAGAAGAGGUCCACACAGCCCCACCGGCCCCAGGUAUGGCCACAGUGUGUUGGAAGAAACGAGACAUGAGAAGAGGAAUCUACAACUCUAUGUGAAUGAGCUACAAGAACGACUCAAUGUCUAUGAACUUGAAAUAGAAAGCCUGAAAGAACAGAACCGUAUGAGGGAAUCAGAAUUCGAAGAAGAUAUUCUGAAAAUCAAGCAGCAAAUUACUGCUGAACAAAAAGUUAACCUACAAGAGAACAUUGAUAUGAUCCGACUCCAACGCGAAGUGAAGGAGAAGUCAACACGAUUGACGGCUCUCCAAGAUAAAUACUCAUCACUGGAGGAGAACACUCGUGUGAUAAAGAUGAACCAUGACCAGGUGCUGAUGAAGAUGGAGGAGCUGAACAUGAAGCUGAAGGAUGAAGAAAACAAGAGCCUCACUCUACAGAACGAACUCAAGUACAACUCGGCCAAUCAGAGGAAGGUGGUGGAGCUCCAAGAACAGGUGUCUGACCUGCAGAAGGAAAGCAACAUCUUGAAAGAGGCAAAUGAAAAGCUUGUUAGCAGUGCGUUUGAUCUCGAGAGAGAGCGUGAGUGGAGGCAGCGGGAGAACGCCCUCAAGGUGCAGAUAGCUCAGCUGGAGGCCACUCUCAAGGCCGACCUGGGAGAGAAGGGAGGCAUCAUUGAUAAAUACGCAAUGGAGAGGGAUGAGAAUGAGAAGCUAGCCCGUGACUUCCAGGAGCUGCAGCUCAAGUACUUCCAGACCAAGGAGCAGUAUGACGACCUGGAGGAGAAGAUGAAGUUCUUCACCAAGGAAAGUGCUGUAGACUUCACAGAGAUGGAGGAGGCAUUAGUGUUGGUCAAGCAGAAGAAACAGAAGGCCAUGCCACAGCCGGACUUCCUACAGCAGGUUGACAAUGAGAUGACCAAAGACUACCACAGACAGCUGCUGGAACUCCAGGCGGAGUACGCCGAGACAGUCCACGAACUGGAGAAGACCCGCAACAUGCUGAUGGUCCAACACAAGAUCAACAAAGACUACCAGACAGAGGUGGACAUGUCAGCCGGCAAGAUGGCUGAUGUGAAGAAGGAGUACGAGAUGAAACUGGAUGAGUUUGCCCGACUUCUCGAUAUACGCCAGGCUAGAAUAAAGAAACUUGAAGCUCAGCUGCGUGACGUUGCUUAUGGAACCCGACAGUACAAGAUCAUGCCACCAACUGAAGAUGAGGAUUCAACUAUAGAGUUUGAUGAGACGAUUCAUCUGGAAAGAGGACAGAAUCUCUUUGAAAUACAUAUCAACAAGGUGAGCCUGUCUAAUGAUGCACUACGUGCCCUUGGGGAUGAAGAGCCAUCAAUAUUCUGCACAUGGGAGUUCUUCGAAUUUGAGAUUCAGUCCACGCCAGUCAACAGGGGACCAAGAUCUGAGUACAACUUCACCUCGCAGUAUGUUGUCAAAGUGGAUGACUUCUUCUUACAUUAUUUACAAAAGGACUCUUGUACUCUGGAGCUGCACCAGUCUUUCGGCCAGGACUUCCAGACACUAGCAGUCUGUCAGCUUGUCUUCAGGGACAUAUUUGACAAGCCUCAUGGCCGGAUACAUGGCACAGCCACAUUGACAGGUGUUGGAGAAGGUAUCAAUGGAGUCGGGUUCGGAACUGUGGACUACUGGGUGAGACUGAGAGUUCCCAUGGACCAGGCCCUCCGGCUCUACAAGGAGAGGACCAAGGCACUUGGCUACAUCACCACCAACCAGCACGCUACACAGCAAGCUCUCCAGGCCCUGGACGAACAGGCAGCUCAACGACCCAUGGACAAUGUCAACGAGCUGCACAUCAAGCUAAUGAAGUGUACUGGCAUCAAGUCUCGCAGAAAGAAUGUGCAGCCCUCUCCUUACUGUGUCUACAAGUUUUUCGAUUUCGAUGAUCAUGACUCCAUGAUUCUGCCCAACACUAACAACCCUGAGUUCAAUGACCACAAGACGUACCCUGUGCCGAUGACAAGUGAUCUGGACCAGUAUCUCAGAACUGUGCACCUGAAUGUGUAUGUGUUUGACGACACCGACCCCGACGACACGGCAUACCUGGGCCUUGCCCAGAUCCCCCUCAUUCCUCUGGCUCAUGACAAGGGUGUGUCGGGUGUGUUUGAACUGAAGCGAGCUGACGGCAAGACUAACGGCUGCAUCAACCUGGAGCUCCGCUGGCAGUACACCUACAUUCCCCCGAAGAUGCCCGUCAGGUCACCACGAGCGCCGGACUACGCUCCUGAUGAACCUCCGGAGAAACUUGUGUCUUCCCCUCUCCCCAAGACCCGCAUGGCUGCCAAGUUUGCAAAACAAGGCCCUACAGCCACGUCAACUCCCAUGCAAAAAGAUCGAUUGAUGGCAGUGGAGUCUCAGAUAAUGGAAAGUGAACUGUCCUCAGUUGCUGCAACACAGCCGAAGCCAGCAGCACGCCGGAAGGUCCAGAUGAACAUACCAGCCGUCGCUGUAACGAUGGAGGACGAGGAGCAGGAGACGAUGAUCCAGGAUGCAGUGUCCCAGGCAGUCUCCGGCUUCAUGCCAGGAAUGUCGGAGUCCAUCUCCUCAGUACAGGAGCAAACAGGAGAGGUAGACUCUAGUGGGCGUGGGGAGGAGGAAGUGCCAACCAAUGAGGUACCGGCCACUGAGGUACUGGCCACUGCGGUACCGGCCACUGAGGUACCACAGACGUAUCCCAGUGAGGACGAACUGAUGAUCCCACUAGGCUCACAGGAUCAUCGUGGAGGUCAUGUGACCACGGAGGAUGACACCGAGGGGGAGGAGCUUCAGCCUAAACCCUCCCCCUCCCCCCGUAAUCGUCACAUGAUGAUUGAAUCGGGGUCGGAGGAAGGCAAGCGAAAGCCAGUCCCCAGACCCAAGGCGCGGACACAAUUAUCCCGAAGUGAUUCCAAAGCAGGAGAGGUAACUCCUAAGCAAUCUCCGAAGCCGAUGGAUGACACAAUGUUUGAAGAUGAAGAGUCGAUUGAUGAAGAGAUUACUGAAGAACUGGAGAGUCAGGGCAACACGCUGACAGAAACACAGCCUGGGGUACAUUCCUCACCACCAUCAGAGAAGGUGUCCGAGUCGGAGUCAGAGCCACCAAAGAUAGAAUCAGACAGUGAAGGACUUGUGAUGAUCAAAUCAUUGCCAUCCAAGAGGAAGAUCAGAGCUGCUAAGCCAGGUAACACCGUCACAGUCAUCAUCUCCAACCUGACCCUGGAGGAGGACUGCGCCAUCAUGUUCCGGGACAACAUCAAGCAGCUGUUCGUGGAGUACAAGUUCCUCGGCCUGGACCCCCAGGAGACGGAGACUCCCUUCUCACUGCCCAAACCCAAGCCAUACCAGCAGAUCACGUACAACUUCACCAAAACUAUACAGGUGGACAUGGAGAAGAACUAUGAGAGGAGGCAGUACCUGGCCAGUAUGUUGCUGCCUGAUGAUCCAGAUGGAGGAAAGAUCAGGUUCACCUUGGUGAGUGAACCACCGGAGGAUGACCAGGAUGCUGACUGCGAGGAUGUGGGCGUGGUCUAUGUCAGUGUCAAGGACAUUCUACUUAAGAAGAAGGAUGUCAAGGAUACAGAUAUGGACAUUCUGGACGUGAAUGAUGAGACGAAGGUGAUCGGCCAGAUGAACCUGACGGUGGAAUGUCUGUCAGCUCUGGAGGCCGUGGAGAGAGAGAUGCAGGUGGAGGGCACAUACUGAACUCAACCCAGCUGAGCUAAUGAGUGAACGCCACUGGAACUUUGUCCUGAACGUGUCAGAUGGCUGUAGAAAUGUACUGUACAUGAAUGAAUGUCAUAUAAACUUUAUACUGAACUUGACUGAAAUGUGCUUCACAUGAAUGAAUGUCACUGAAACAUGGACUGAACAUGACUGAAUUGUGCUUCACAUGAAUGAAUGUCACUGAAACAUGGACUGAACAUGAUUGAAACUUGCAUCACGCAGAGGACUGCCACUGUAACAAUGUAUUGGGCAUAUCUGAUGGCUAUAGAAAUGUACUGUACAUGAAUAUGUGUCACUGAAAAAUGGACUGAACAUAUCUGAAAACAUGGACGGAACAUAUGUAAAUGUCACUGAAACAUGGACUGAACAUAAGUGAAUGUCACUGAAACAUGGACUGAACAUAUGUGAAUGUCACUGAAACGUGCUUCAAACAGAGGAGUGACACUGAAACAAUGUAUUGGACAUGUCUGAUGGCUAUAGAAAUGUACUGUACAUGAAUGUCACUGAAACAUGGACUAAACAUAUCUGAAUGUCACUGAAACAAGGACUAAACAUAUCUGAAUGUCACUGAAACAUUGACUGAACAUAUCUGAUUGCAGAAGAAAUAUACAGGACAUCAGAGACCACUGUUAUGUCAUUAGCUUCAAUGUCUGAAGAAACACCACAAAUGCAAGACAAUAUUCUGAGUUGACAGUGUAUUGCAGUAGACACUAUAGGAAUGAUAUUAUUUUGCUGCAUUUCACUGGCAUACAUAGUGCAGAGUCCAUUCGGGAUUUAAGAUCCACUAGUCUCAUAACAGUGCUAUCAGAUACUGCAUUAAUCUAAACAUUCAAUAAAUAUGAAGUGUUUAUCUGAAACUAUUUCACACAUUUUGAAUGCAUCUAUAUUUGCCACAAUAUCAGGCCAGUCCACUGUUCCUUUUGUGACAGGGGCACGGGUGGCCCAGACGUCUAAGGUGCCACAAUUCCCUGUGUAGAGUUGCGUCCCUUGGGCACGCCAGAAACCUAUGAUUGUGAGUUCGAAUCCUGGUUCACCCCAUAUGUUUCUAGG